CAUGAUGGUAAGCGGUCAUGCCCGUGCAACAUGUCCAUCUCGGCCAAGCACUGAAAGCAAAACGUCUGCUCCGGUAAACGUCCCACGAGCACAGGUGCGUAGAUAAAGCCGCUUACACAGUAGAACGACGCUACCAGAGCAAGCGUAAAAGCGUUGCAAGAGGGAACCCGGGCAAAUCAUGGGUCCUCGAUGCGAGAGGCCAAACGUUAGGUGACGGAACCCUGGGCAACCAAUAGGUACUUGCUGGUUGACGCAACCAGUGAUGGGAGUACAAAGUAAAGUGUUACUGUAAUUCCACUACUCUUAGCAGUAACGUUCAUGUAACAAAAUAUUUUUAAAAACAAGUAAAGCCAUUACAAUUACUGAAAUUUAAGUGAGUUCAUAAUGAAAUAAUGAAAACAUUAUUUUAACAUGAUUAAGUUUGUGUUCAAUCCACAUGGUUUUAUGUUUAGAAAUGUGGGUAAUGGCUUUCUGUCUCAUCACAAGAUCUUAACCACAGGAAGAGCUGAUGAAAUGUUAUGAAAGGAUUGUGACAGCAGGCAAAGACCAUUGAAACAGAAAUGGCUAAUAAGUAUCACAUAUAUCUUCUGGAACUGAUGAUUCUGGGAUUUCUCACAGAUACCAGAGGAGUGACAGAUGUCCAUAUGAUUGUGAGUGAUGGUGAAAAUGUCACUUUGUCUUGUAAUCUAACUCUUUCUGACUGCACAUCAACUUCAUGGAUAUAUUAUAAAAGACAUACAGCCGUUAUGCUGUUUGAUGAAAAUCUCAUGAUGAUCGAUGAUGAAAGACUGAGUCUGGGACCUAACUGCUCUCUGAACAUCUAUAAUGUCACAAAAAGAGAUGUUGGGCGUUACAUCUGUCGCCAACUGGAAAAAUCUGAAUUUAUUGAUGCCAAUAUUUAUCUGCAUUUUCUUCAAGUGUCUCCACUAUCUGAGAUGGAACCAGGCAGCUCUGUCACUCUCUCCUGUCAGGUGUAUUCAUAUGAUAACUAUUUUUGUAAGAGUUUGUUUAUUAUUGAGGGAUUGCAACUGAUGUGGAUGAACGGGGCUGGUGUUAAUCUACAAUCAGACUCCAAAAAUCAGAUCUCAUCCUCAACAAAACACUGUAACAGCAUUCUGAAUAUAACACUCCUGAAUGAAGACAACAACAGAGAGUUGAAAUGCCAGAUUAUUACAGGAACUAAAGUUAAAGCAUUGGCCAGAUACACUGUCGGCAGUUUGGGAAAUCCACCCAGCAUUAAGAAUGAGAUUGGAUCAAUAAUAAGAGUGAUUAUCAUCAUUGUUGAGUUUGCAGUAAUGACAGCACCUACUGUUAUUCUUCUCUUGAUCAUCUGUGAAAGGAGAUCUGGUAAAAGAAGAGAUCAAAGCACAAGACUGAGUUAUGUGAAUUGCUCAGAAUCAGUUGUACUAAGUGAUUGUUGAUACAAAUAUUAUGAAAAUGUACAUGAUGCAUUUUGUAAUUAAGGAAUAUUGCUUAUAUUAGACUUUAUUUUAUAUAACAGAGCAGUGGCGGCAAGUGACUUCUUUAUUUGAGGGUGCUCGAUGCGAAGUUCUUCAAAACAUGUAUGUAGCCCGUCAUGUGUGUGGUUCUUUUUUCAAAAUAUGUGUUCUUUGCUUUGAGAGAUCAUGUGUGCAUCACGUGUUUUGUCCAAAUAAAUGCCUGCUGCAUACGCGUCUAAAGUGUUUAUGAUAAAAGAGAUGCUCGCGUUUGCCAGAUACUCGCAUAAUCUCAUGCGUAAUCAGAGUUUACUGUUAAAGUUUUUUGAAAAUAUGCUCAUUUUCCAGCUCCCCUACCAAGUUAAACAGCUGAUUUUUACAGUUUUGGAAUCCAUUCAGUUGAUCUCCGGG